GUGUUGACAUGUGAUCGCACGAGGGUGAAAAAAACAAAACAACAGCGUGAAAAAAAACGUCCUCGUGCUGCGUCACGUGGCCGGAUGGGCGUUAUUUAAGCUGCCAGCGCGGGAGCCAGACACAAGAGAAUCAGCUCGUACAGGAAGUGAAUAGCUCUGGAUCGGCGGUGUUUUGAUAGCAAAUAUGAGUGGAAAACUAAGACCAACCCUGCAGAAGUCAAACGAGAACAUAACGAGUUUUUUCCCACCCUCCCAAAAGGCAAUGGGACCUCCCAGACAAUCCUUGCAGGUCCUUCAGCCCUCAGCUGUUAACAAAGAUCUUGGGCGGUCAGCUCAGGCAGGAAAGAUCAUUCCCAAAAGGAAACACUGGCGCGCAGAACAAACCCGAGGUCCAAAGAGGGUGAAGGCAGAAGUCAAAUCCACACAAACAGAGGAAACUCAGUGUUUGACUGAUGGCAUGUCCACUGAAGCCUAUGAACUUAUGGUCAAAGAAACUCCUCCCUCCACCUACUGGAAAGAGAUAGCCGAUGAGCGACGGAAGGCCUUGUUCAAUGUUCUACAGGAGAACGAGAAGUUGCACAAAGACAUCGAGACCAGAGAUGAACAGAUAACUCAACUGAAGAGUGAGAACGAAGAGCUGCAGGAGCUGGCACAACACGUCCAGUACAUGGCUGAUAUGAUCGAGAGGUUGACGGGAAAGUGCCCCGAUAAUCUGGAGGAAUUGAAGGACAUUGCUCUUGAUGUGGAUGAUGACGACAGUAACGCUGCCGACAAGACUGAGGAUGAAUAUUCAGAUGACGAGGAAGAAGAGACGUCAGUGGAGCAGGAUUAACAGACUCACCUUGUGCUCUUGAACUUUGUCUUAAUACAGCAGCCGAUUUUGGCCCGAGCGACAUUAAUUUGAAGAUGUUUGCUUUUCAGUGUAAUUUAUGUUCAGACCGCAUUGUUCUAGAAAUGCAUCGUUUUAAAACUAAUAUUUUACAAUUUGAGUUUUUUUUAAACUUGUAAAAUUCGUGGCCAAGAAGUGUUAAACUAAACCAUUAUACAACUUUUUUUGUUUUUAAUGGAAGACGUGAUGACAUGUCAGUAGUAAAGCACAGGCUAUACUGUUUCAGUUAAUUUAGGUUAAUGUAAAAAUCAAUACCUCAAACAUGACCGUUUCAAUCCUUACAACAAAGGGGAUCCUCACUAUUCUGUAGCAUACCCAAUACCUUGUUUUCCUUCGUCUCCUGGUGUGUAAACGGUUUGCCCUGUUGAACGUCAGCAACCUGUAUACUGCAAUGAAACAGUAAUGCCUGUGCUUUUCUUACUGAUGUCUACUGUGAAAAGAUUUAUUUAAGAACAGUUGUGCUACACUCACUGGUAGAUGUGGCUUACUUGAAGCAUGGCUAUAAGUGUUUUGGUUUACUCCGUAAAAAAUGUGCAAUGUUACGGUACAGCUGUGUACAUAAAGCUUGUGUAAAAUAAACACUUUUUAAACAAAGAAA